AUGGCCGUCUCGGAAUCAAUCCCCGCCCCCAGCAAUAGCAGCGCAGUUCAGGAUGCGCCGAAGCCGGAGCCGGUACCAGGAAAGAAGCUGCAUGGGAGGGAAUUUUACAAGAGCAUAGGCUCCCCGAAAUACAUAGUUGCGCCCAUGGUCGACCGGUCUGAAUUUGCAUGGCGCAUGCUCACUCGCUCCUUCAUGCCUCCAGAAGAAAGCAAAUUGCUUCUCGCAUACUCCCCAAUGUUCCACGCUCGUUUAUUCCGUGAAGAGGCCGGCUACCGCGCAAAAAUGUUCCAGCCCACCCGCGCUCAUGCCGGCCGCAAAGGCGAUGACUCGAUAUACCUCGACGGGAACCCUGCAAUUGAUCGCCCGUUCUUUGUACAGUUCUGCGCGAACAACCCCGAUGAUUUUCUCGAAUCAGCGCGCCUUGCAGCGCCUUACUGUGACGCCGUCGACCUCAAUCUAGGCUGCCCACAGGGCAUCGCGCGAAAAGGCCAUUAUGGAGCUUUCUUACAAGAGGACUGGGAUUUGAUAUAUAGAUUAAUCAACCGACUACAUAAAGAACUUCCGAUUCCGGUCACAGCAAAAUUCAGAAUCCAGGAAUCAAAGGAGAAAACAUUGGAAUAUGCAAAGAUGAUUCUAUCAGCGGGCGCGAGUAUAAUUACACUCCACGGGCGGACAAGGGAACAGAAAGGUCAUAAUACCGGAUUGGCUGAUUGGAGUUAUAUCCGGUAUCUUCGGGAUCACCUGCCACCGGAGACCGUCAUCUUCGCCAACGGUAACAAUCUGAACUAUGACGACGUGCAACGGUGCCUCGAAGCGACGGGAGCGGAUGGUGUGAUGAGUGCUGAGGGCAAUCUGAGCGACCCAUCCAUCUUCAGCAAGCCCCCUCCAGUUGGCAGCGAGGGAAGGGAAUACUGGCGAGGCAGAGACGGCAAGGGAGGAUAUCGCAUCGACGCAGUAUUCCGCCGCUACCUGGAUAUCAUUUACAAAUAUGUUCUCGAGAAGCCGGCCCCUGAACGAAAACCUCUCUACUUGCCGUCGGAUCCGGAGGAAGAGCACAUUACAGAGUCAGACCCAGAUGAGGAGGAAGGCCCACAAAGGAAGAAGCAGAAACGGGGGAAGACAGAAACCUACCCCAAUAGCCCCAACCUCAAAUUCAUGCAGGCCCAUCUCUUUCAGCUCUUUCGGCCUUUGAUCUCGACACACACGAAUGUUAGGGACGCUCUUGCGAAAUCAGGGCCUCAUGAUAUGGCAACCUUCGAGCGAACACUGUCCAUUCUCGAACGGGAGGUCAAGAAAGGUCUCAAGGAAUACGAACAAUUCCCAGAGCGCUUCGAAUCCAAGCCAGACCCAAGUCUAACUGGUUCUAAGGCCAUCAUUGCUGAAUACGGUCGACCGUUCUGGGUCUGUCAACCACACAUUCGUCCAACACCAGAGGAGGCUCUGGAAGCAGGCGCGCUUCAAGAGAAGAAGGGUGAGAAGAAGAAAAAGCAAGAGAAUGGCGAGGCUCUAGACAAGGUUGCUACCUCGGUUAAGUCUCCUACGGAAUCCGUCAACACACCGACGACAGCAGCAAAAGAUGCGUUGCUGAGUGGUUGA